AAUCUAAAUGGCAGUGACUUGAUUUGAUGGCUGCUGGUUAAUUGUCACAAACUCUGUAGCAGAAAGAAGCUGUGAAAUGUAGUGUUAUGCAGGUGUUUGGUGUUGUGUGGUGAUUGCAGUUUUGUGAUUUAUAUGGCCUAUUAAUUUAUGUGUGUUAAGAUUCGUUAACUAUGAUAUAAAUUUAUAUCAUUCAACAAUGCUGUGGACACCGACAAAGACGAAGAAAUAUGGAGUUUCUGUCUAUAAUUGGAAUGGAGACGUUCGAUUCGGCCUACCCCUGGAAAUUGGAGAUACAGUCCAAAUUCUGGAAGAAUGUCAAGGAUGGUAUCGAGGUUUCGCUACUAAAAACAGAACUAUUAAGGGCAUCUUUCCUGGCAGCUAUAUACAUAUCAAGCCAUGUAAAGUGGAAGGAGAAGUAUCAUUUGAAACUGUUACUCCUCUGGAAGAUCCUGUUGUACGAGAAACUACAUUGGUGUUGAGAGAAUGGAACGGGAUUUGGAAGAAUCUGUAUGUGGAUCGAGAGACAUACAAGUUCCAGACUGUUCGCAAGGUGAUGCGGGACCUAGUCGACUGGAGGAGACAACUUCUCACUGGCACAUUAACUCAAGAUCAGAUGCGGGAAUUGAAGCUGAAAAUUACUGCAAAGAUAGACUGGGGUAACAGGUAAGUGUCUUUUCACCAAACAUUCAGAUAUUUACUGUUUUAACAUCCUUAACCCUACAGAUUCAUUGACUCAUGAGGUCUAUAGGAUGUAAUGAAGUAGUCAGGUGAGAAAUUAGAGGAGGAUAACAUUAAUAAGGAGCCAGGAUAGGGCCGUAUUGAAAUUAUAUUAUUGUCUGUCCAUUCCUCUGUGUGAUAACUCCUGAUAGAAAUCCAAAAAUGGCCGCUGGCCCACAACAUCAAGAAUAGUGACCUCAGUUAAAAAGUUCAGUUUUUAAGUGGUAAAAGUGACAAGAAUGAAGAUCGCCUACUGAUAUGAGCUUAUACUAACUACUGUAAGUCUCUUGAAGUAAAAAAAAUCCUAUGCUAUGGUAUUUUUCUGGGAUUGUUGACCUGAGAGUUGCUGACUGCACACUCAGUUGUCUGUCAUCAGAGACUUCCACUCCAAACAGCAAACCUACAGUGCCACUGCAACCUUGCACUGACCCUCAGCAAUACAUCCAGCUGCUGUGCUACUUAUUAUAUUAACAUGGUUCUUAAUUAUCCCACCAAAACUUGACAUAAUUAUAUAAUCCCUUUAUUAUAAAUAUAACACAUUUAUACAAUUUUUGACAAAAUUCCACACAAAUUUUCAAUUUUUAACAGAGACAGCCUGUCAAAGUCUGUCCAAAACUCAGUCCUAAUUAUUCUAUUUGCUCUGACAAGCAAUCUUAUCAUCCAAACAGAGAAGACUGCCAAUCUCUUAAAUCACAGACUACUAUUAUUAUUUACCAAUAGGACUGAGCCUAUCUACGAUUAACAUCUAUCAGUGCCUGCAGAUCUUAGAACGCAACCAGACGUGUAACAGUGUAUAGUAAUGACAUACUGCUGAAACUGAAGGCAACUGACUCAAUCUUCUCAUAUUUCUUAAAAUCUGUAUAAAGCUUACCUUUCUUAGUUUUAUAAAAAUUGACCUAGUGAACUCAGCCAAACACUCAAUAAAAAACUGAAAUCUUUUUUCCAAGAUAAACACCGAAACCUCUAAAUACCCUUGGGGCAUCUGCAGCAUAGGGGUAAAAUAUUCUGGAAUACUCUAUACAGUGACCUGUAAACAGUGGUACAAUGGUGGUUACAUUAAUAUAACUGAUAAAAGUCUGAAAAACUAGCGAUAGAUGAAAUAAAUGCCUGGACAUGUAAAACUUGUAAGGACUCAGCACCCUGCAAUAUUGCUCAUAGCAACCCUCUGCCAGAAACAAAUUUUGUGGCCUUAGGGGAAGCAAAAAUACUCUCCUUGAAAACACAGAGCCCAACAAGACACCAAAAUAGAGACAAGGAAAACAGCACUAUGGCUAUCUCGGACCUGGAGCUAAUACUGAGUAAUAAUACAGAUCAAGAGGAAACGGAUCCCGAGACUUCCCUAACAUUGGCAGCUGAGGCCGGUCACCUUGUCAUAGCAGAAAACUGUAAACUGGAAAAAAAGGUAAAGGAGUUAAAUAUCCGCAAUCCAGCCUUAGAAGCUAAACUUGCCGAAAUGGAGGCAUGAAUUGAAAAUCAAACAUAGAUUGAAGACAAGUAUGUGCACAAGAUUGAAGCCUUAUACAAAAAUUGACAAACUUUAGCUCAGGCUGAAAAGGAAAUAAAACAUGGACAAGAACUACAAAAUCUUUAUGAAGAGCAUGACAUAAGACAGUCAGUCCUAUUCGAAGAAUAAGUAAAGAAAAUCUCAGAAUUGGAAAACAUAAUCCUUAACCACUUAAAUAAACCCAAAUUUUCCAGAAAUCAACGAUCAUAUUCUAAAAUGCCAUGAAAACGUAGAAAUACAAACCUUAUGUCUCCCCCUCCCCCAGUUUUACUACCAACGACAUCAUUAGACUCCUCACUAAAGUGGCAAGAGCUAAUUCUGUUAGAAAAGAGACUGGAUAGUAUGAAACAUACAGUCAUGUUACUUAAAGGCCAAUUGAGAGAAAAAAAGCCCCAAGACGACUCUCCUAGUCCAGUCGAUAGACCUAGACACCCAAACCUUACCACGUCUCGAAGCGGGAAAAGAAAUAGUUUUAUAAAAAAUCAUUUCAGCAUCUCACUGCAAGUUGCUAAAUCCAGGCAAACUCCCACAACUGCUAAAUAACUAUGCUCACAAGCAAAGUAAAUACAUGGAACCAACAACACUUUGAAACAAAAAAUACACAUCAUGUAACUUCCAACCACAAAAAUAAAAUUCUGGUAGAAGUGCAGGUCCAUCAACCUGACAUUUAUACUCCACAUAAACUAUAUAAUAAACUACUUUCACUUGACCUAAAAAAACUAAAUGGGGUCAAUGGAGUCAAGUGAAGCUUGAAGAUGAAGAAACAUAUGAAGAAUUCUUUGAGAGACACAUAGGAACAAUAGAAAAUUAUUUAGAAAACUCUGAUGAGAUACCUACGAGUAUUAAUAAAAAUCAGCCGGAUUUUAUUCAAACAAUCCAAUUACUGCAGACUUUUCAGAUCAGUCAACCGGGAAAUCAACCAAAAUGAGACAUUACAGAACAAAGGUUUUCAAAAACUCCCUAAAGUACUAAAAAGCUGCAUACAGCUUACAAUAUUGCACUAAAACAUAAACCACCUCCAAAGAAAGACAAAUAGACUUUAUGAUUUACUAGAAACAAACAAACCCAGCUUAGUUUUAUUGACUGAACACGGUCUUCGAAGUGAAGAGCUGACUAGUACCAGAAUUAACUAUACACUCUUGUAGGAGAUUUCUCAAGAGAAGUUAUGAAAGAGGCGGUGUGGCCAUUUACGUGAAUGAUAGCCUUAAAAAUAAGUUGAAAGUACAGAGGUUAUAGAUAACACAACUGAAAAAGUGUGAACUCUCCAUGAUCCGCAUUAACUCUGGCAAAACUCAAACCUACCUUUUAGGAGUGACCCCUAAACAGUAAUAUAAACAUAGCCCUUGAUGCUCUAUCCACGACAUUGGACAUGAUACCAACAUGGAAAUGUCCUACCGUUGUUAUGGGGAACAUAAAUGUAGAUGAUUUAACCGAUAAUAUGGGUAAUAAGGAAUUAAUAAACGUGCUGGCUAGUCAUAACAUUCAAAGACUACGCCUCCCACAAACCAGAGUGACACACAGCACUUCAACUUCUAUUGACUUUAUAUGCACUAACAUUCACAAUGACGACAUCAAGACAGAAAUCUUAGAAACUGGCCUAUCUGAUCACACUGCCCAGAUCUGCCAUUUAAACUUGGAAACUCAAAAUAAAGUACUCCCAAUCUCAACAAGAAGAUGUUUCUCCCAGACAAACCUUAACAAUCUAAAACAAGUCCUAAAGGAUGAAUCAUGGCAAACUUUCUAUAACUAUUUGGCUGUUGACGAAUCAUAUGAUAAUUUUAAUCACAUACUUAACUGGGUCCCGAAUUCUUCAUGCCCCUUGAUAAAAUCUAGACCAAAAAGAGGAUUUAGCUUAAAAAAUACAAUCAAUCAAGAAGCAUGCAGGCUUAAAAAUAUUUACCUUCAAGCAUUGGAAAACGAGGUUCAAAAUGGGAAAUUGGCUGACAAGGUGAUUACAGCUCAAGCAAAGAAGGACUAUGACCUUAAACUGAAGCAUUUAAGGAAAAAAACCACAUCAAACUAUACACAAAAUUCGGGAAACAAACAAAAAUCUGUCUGGAAUGUAACUAACCACAAGAGAUGCUGAAACAGAGAGCAUUCAACCCCCAUAGAGUUGGUAAUAGAUAAGAGGUUGAUUAAAGAUCCUCUCCUGGUAGCACAACAUCUAAAUGACUAUUUCAGUACAGCUGCAGUUAACACCCAGGGUCACUAUACAGUACCUAACUUAGAAACAGAACCAUUUGAACUCCAAAAUCUGCUUGAACCCAACAAUAAACCCAACCACAAGACCUGAAAUUUCAAAAAUUAUCACUGGCUUACAAUCAAAACUAUCUUCAAGAUUGGACGAGAUCUCCUCAAAACUACUUAAACAUUGCAAAGAGGAGAUCAAACCCCCGUUAACACACAUCACCAACCUAUCCUUUAAGGAAGGUAUUUUCCCAAAAGCCCUGAAAUCAUCCAAAAUAAUUCCAAAAUUUAAACAAAGACUCGCAACCUCAAUAGAAAACUACAGACACAUAUUCCUCUUAUCUACAAUAUCCAAAGUAAUUGAAAAGGCUUGACAAAUUAAUGAGUCAUUUUAUUAAUAACAAUAUUCUCAUUUGUCAACAACAUGAUUUCGUAAAGGGAAGGUCAACUAUCACAGCUCUGACAAGCUUUGUUGAUUACAUUAUAAAUCAGAUGGAGGAAGGAGCAUCUGUUACUGGGUUUAUUCUAGACUUCAGUAAGGCAUUUGAAACUUUAGACCACUCUCUACUGCUAAACAAAAUUAAUAGCAUGGGAAUAAAAGGCAAAACUGUAAAUUGGUUUUCAAGCUAUCUGGCAAGAAGAACACAAAUAGUUGAAUUAACAUACACCAAAAACCACAUUACCCAUAUAGCAAGGUCACCUUUACUACCAAUAAAUAAAGGUGUACCCCAAGGCUCAGUAUUAAGACCAAUCCUUUUCAUCCUACUGACCAACGACCUGCCAAAAUAUCUUCAAGAAUAUGGGCAAGCAAUUAUGUAUGCGGAUGACACUGCAUUCCUAGUUGCUGACAAACAGAAAAAAAACAUUAGAAAUUUCAUCCUUUGUUACAUACAACAUGGCUAAGCAGUAUUGUCAAAACAAUUUUUUUGUACUUAAUGAGAAAAAACUCAACAAGUAAAUUUCGGAAACAGAACCACUGACUUGCCAGGGCUAUCAGACAUUGAACUAGAAAGUGAAGCAAAAUAUCUCAGAGUUAUAAUAGACAGCAAACUCACUUGGGGAUUUGGGGAUCACAUGUUGACAACCUUUGUGGAAAAUUAAAUACCAGCCUCUAUGCACUCAAAAGAAUAAAAAAUUCCUGUAACCUUCAAAAAGCAAAAGUAGCAUACCACUCACUAUUUAAGUCCCAUAUUCGGUAUGGA